AUGCCGCGAACCAACAAAGCGUUCAUGCAAAGACAUGCCACGUAUUUCCUGGCCUAUCAAAUGGUCAUGGUCACUCUCCUCGUCGGGUACCUCACCUACCUGGGCUUCCACAGCAUGUCGGAAUCUGCAGCCCCGGCUCCCAACCUCACACCCCGUUCCAAUUUCGGCCCUGUACCCCCAAGCAAAGAAUGCGCCGACAAAUUCCGGCUCGCCACUCUCCUCGCCAUGUUCUUCAGCUUCACCGCCGCCGACCAAUGGCUUGCACACCACUGGAUUCUCGCCUCAUUCAAGAUCCUGAUUCUGCUCUUAUCGGCCCUGGUUACAGUCUUUUCUUACACAGCUGGGGACGAGCCAGAAAGUCCCUUAAUUUAUUUGGCGAAGUUUAUUUACUCUACGUGGUCUCUGAUUGAUGUGAUUAUGUGGAUUGUGGGGGGUGUGUAUGGCAUCCAUGGGUGUGGAGGCGGGUAUGGUGGAUAG